AAUCCCUUUCGAUUCGAACAGCUAAAAUGGUGGACCAUAUCAUGCAAUUCUGCAUCCCAAGUGGCUCUUGCUUUCAGCUGACCCUGUCUUCUGUUGGUGUAGUCUUGUGUUUUCUGUACAUUUGUACGUAUAGCAUUCUUGGAAAUUCAAAGCUCAACCCCUGCUAAAAUUAUCUACUAACUGUAUGAUUUCAUUUAUUUUCUUCACCUAGUUCUACUUGUAGUAAGAAAUUGCAAUGUGCUUUGAUCACCAAACCCAAACAAUAAUCAGAUCGACUACUAUAUUUUAAGAGAAAUCAGAAAUCUACAACGCCACAAAUUUCUUCUUAGUUAAGUAGUUGCCCUUUUGCACUAAAAAAAAGAAAAAGCACUGCCCUUUUGAAAAGCUUAAAGUGGUGUGCCAUGACAUGGAUGAUGGGCCUUUCCAGACUCAUGGUCUUCUUCGUUAACUUGUAUUGAGAGUGAUUCAGAGCAUAUUGCAGCAAACAAAGUUUUAUCGCUGGGAGUUGAUCAUCUCUAAAAUACUACUACCUUAUAGCCUCUCUCUUCUAGGUUUCAGAGCUCGAAGUACUGCUGCAGCCUGGAGAGCAGUAAAGUUUUCAAUAUUGGAAACAAUAACAAAGCUGAAUUUACAUCUUAUCUGUCAUGGCUCAAAAAGUAUCAGAUGCGAAGAAUAUCAGCUUGAAGGCGUUGGUGGACAAGGGGAGAAACAGAGUUAUCUUUGUAGAGGCCGAUAAUGAUUUCAUUGAUGUUCUCUUCAGUUUCUUGACCAUACCAAUGGGAAAAAUUUUCAGGCUUGCCCGCGACCAUUCAACACCACUGGAAAUAGGUUGCAUGAACAAAUUGUAUCAGAGUAUUGAGAAGCUUGAUGUGCAGGUUUUCAGGUCCACUGAAUGUAGAGACAUGCUGUUACUUCCGCACAGUGCAGCUAACUGUGAUUGCAAGAACCUCAAAUUGAAAAUUAUUGACGAUGCUAAGCCAAAACUGUUUAAGUGCCCUCCUUCUAGAGUUCCUCAUUCCUCCAGGUUCAUAGGUUAUUAUUCAAAUUAUCGUUGCCCUGUCUGCUCAGAUACCAUGGAUUCUGAAGCAUUUAUUUUAGAGGGAGAUUCUCAAGUUGGAGGGGUCUUUGUUAAAGAGCGAACCAGGGUUAUGAUUACUGAUGAUUUACAAGUGAUACCCCCAGUAAGUGCAGAUAACAUUUCCUUGUUUACCAAGCUUGGAGCCACGAAUGGCAAUACCACUGAGGAGCUAACUUUCAGUAUUGAAGUCGAGCAGGUCGUGAAUUUGCUUGUGAGCUCAUUUGUAUCAAAAACGCCUUUCACUGAAACUCUGCUGAAGCCUAAUCCUGUACCAAAAUUAGGUGGUGUGAAUUUCAGUGAAGGAAAAUGUAUUGAAUCUCUAAUGUCGGGGGCCUCGAUAGAUGAGAAAAAAGAAAACAUCUCUGUCAGGCUCACAGUGAGUAAAUCAAAGAAUGUGGUUUGCUACGCACAAGUACGAGAGGAUUUUGUUAAUUUGAUCUUCAGUUUCUUGACUCUUCCACUUGGGUUUAUAUUAAAGCAGAUGCUGGAUUCCCCUUGGAAAGGAUGUAUUGAUCAGUUAUGCAAGAGUGCGCUGGAUUUUGAUGAGCAAUUUUUUAAGUCAAAUUACCACAAGGAAUUGCUAUGCAAUCCCAAACUUUUUCCUGGAUUCAGCUAUGAGAACAAUCUUUUAGGAAUUGAGGAGGCCGUGUACCAUUAUUCUGAUGGUAAGUUGAUUGCUGAUGGAUCCAUUAACAAGUCCUCAGUCAAAGUUAACUUUGUGGAUCCCAAAUUCCAUGGUGAUAAGGAUAGAAAGGCUAGGGGAUUCUUAAAAGCACCAGCAAUUUUCACAGUAACUGACAAUUUGGAUGUAAGGCCAGUAUCUUCAAUCUUUCAACUGUCUGUUCUUAAUGAUUUGAAGGUACAUAUCACUGAUAUUGAGGAUCGGACUGUGCAUGUUGGCAAGAACGAGGCUUUGCGUCUUUUGGUGGCUUCUGUUGUUUCUGACUCAAUUCUAACCAAUGCUUUCCUACGGAAGUCAAAGGAGCCAUCGGUUAAGCAAGAGCAGUGAGGACUACUUAAGAAGAGGUAGUGCUUUUGUUGCUACUACGUACCUCUAAGUAUGCGUCUUGGUUUUUAAGAACAACUUCCAUUUAUAGCAACUAGUCUGCAUAUUUGGGUGCGAACUCUUUGGUCAUGUUUUCGUUACGUAACAUUGUGUUGUAAGAAUAUGAAUAUUGCUAUUGUGUCGGGACUUGUCUGUGUGCGUCUGUCUCUGCUUUCAUCAUUAUGUGAAUAUGAACUUGUACUGCCUAUGGUAACUUAAGACUGGGUAAGUUGUGUUA